GCGAGUAGAAAAUUCAAAAUGGUCGCCCUGUUUUGUUGAGUGCGCGAAGAAACUUUCUGCUCCUGUUCAGAACUAAUUAUUUACUAAUUGAAAUAAGUAAAAUUAAAAAAUUCAAGUGAAAAACAUUCUUCGAUUUCCGUGCUUUCAUUAAAAAGUGAAGUAUUCGCGCAAUUGCAACAAAACAGUGUGAAAAAUCGGUGAGAAACUGUCCACUCGAUAUCGUGCGCAAAGUGUAUGCAAAAAGAAAAGUGUUUCUCCAUCUGCCUCUUAACAUUUUUCGGUUCACAGCGACGGAAAAGCAAACAAGCGAAAAAUUAUUGAACGUAUAUGCGUUGAGUGAGCAAAUAGCAACGGGCGGCGGACAAACAGCUUCAUAGCUAUUAUAAUAAGAGUGUAGCACUGGCGUUUUUAAAAAAAAUAUAUAUACAUGGAAGAAAUUCUCGGAAUCCAUGCGUUAAUUCAACACUGCCAUCGCUAGUGUUUAGGUACGAAGAGCAUAAAAAGACCAGCAAAGAAAUCGCGCUUAAACGAAGUACGGCUUUGUAUCGAGAACAAAGCAUUUAGAGAAAGAUCACUUAACGAGGUAGCAGUGCAGCAGGAGGGAAGCGGUCAAGCAUAAGAAAGCUUUUGGCACACCGCAUUCCUCCUCGCCAUUGGGCGGAGCAGUAAUCUGUUAGCAGCUAUGGAUGAUGAGUUUUAGCGACUAUGAUUAUUGCCUACGAUUUUCUUCUGGCAAGUGUGUGAACUACGUCAUUGUUAGCACAACUAAAUUUUCUGAAAGUACAAAUAACAAUAACUUAGUGAAUGUUCAUUUAUUUAAUUGUGCAAUUGCCAUAUAGUCAAUAAGCCAAGUAAACGCGUAUACCCCAAUCAUCAAUUGUGCUUCUACCUUCCCUCUCAUGUAAUACACCAACAUUCAUGGAUAUAACUAACGCGGCCGCAUAGACAGCUGGUAGCUAAUAUUUCAAUAAACGCAACAAUUGCACAAUUUGUCAAAAUUAAUGUUUGCAUAUUUUCAUCAUAGAGGGCAAUAAAAAGCUUAACACUGGACCGGAAGCGUGUCUUUAAAGGGUAAUGGCGGCCUCCACUCAGGGAGAAAUUCGAGUGGGUCCCGGCCACCAGGUAAACGAUGUCUAUGCAAAAUUGCCCGAUUAUAAUCCAAUUUCAAGCUUCCCUGUUGACAAAGAGAGCGACGAACGCGAACUAGAAGAAUCAAGAUGGAGUCCUGGCAUUGUGGCCGAUGGCGAUUUGUUAAUGUUUUUGCGUGCGGCGCGUUCUAUGGCUGCAUUUCAAGGAAUGUGUGAUGGAGGACUAGAAGACGGUUGUUUAGCUGCUAGUCGUGACGAUACAACAAUUAACGCUUUGGAUAUUUUACACGAUUCUGGUUACGAUCCAGGCAAAGCACUUCAGGCACUCGUUAAGUGUCCCGUUUCCAAGGGUAUCGACAAAAAGUGGACAGAGGACGAAACAAAAAAAUUCAUUAAGGGCUUACGACAAUUUGGAAAGAAUUUCUUUCGAAUACACAAAGAUUUACUACCGCACAAAGAGACACCUGAAUUGGUGGAAUUUUACUAUUUGUGGAAGAAGACACCGGGUGCCAAUAAUAAUCGACCGCAUCGUCGACGCCGGCAAAGUGCCUUGCGUCGCAAUCGUGUCACACGCGCUAGUAAUACACCUCCGAAGAAGGAGGAUACACCGGAACCACAAACGGCGACGACGGCGUCAGCGACGGCAGAUUCGACGCGCUCGUCGCCCGUUGUCUCCAAGGAGGAGAACAGUUCUCUAACCGAGGACGAUAUCAGCGAGUGCGACAGCGAUUCCAGUCUGACAAACAAAAGGGAUGAAUCACCAUCUAGAAUGAGGACACGCAAUAAACAGCAGCAGCAACAACAACAACAACAACAACAGAAUAACAAUAUAAAAGAGCAAACACAAACACAACAGGUAGCGAAUGGUAAACGACCCAAACGUGGUACUGAAACACCAGAUACAGUGACGGCUGCAGAUAGUCCAAAGACACCAACUAAAGGAGCAAACGCAAACGCAAACGCAUCCGAAAACAAUACGACAACGACGGUGGCGGCUAAUAAGCGUAAAGGCGGUAAGCAGGAUACGCCGAACAAGAAGAAGCGUACCGAUGUGGACGGUAGCGCAGGUUCCGGCAGUGGUGGCGGUAGCGGCAGUGGCAGCGGCAGCGGCAGCGGCAGCGGCGAUGUCACCGACGAUGGCAGUCUUAGCAAAGACAGCGCCAAGCGCAAACGGCCCGAUAGUCCGGCUGAGGAGAGCAUGAACUCUGACAGUCGGCCUGAUUCGGUGUUGGAUGACGCUGAGUCGAAUACGACAGAUACUGUAGAACAGUCGCUGAAGGAGGGCAAGGAUAGCUCAGGCGGUAAAGAGGAUAGUGGUGCUGCAGAUGGCGAUUUGAAGGCCGAUAUAGUGGAGAAGUCUGAAAAGCCAGCUGAAGACACAAAAGAGACCAUCAAGAAUGAUGACGAAGAAACGAACAUCCAAGCGCCUGUCAGCGGACAGACGGCAAUAGCAGCAACCGCAGACGACAGUACCGGCGUUGGCGCAAAAGAUCCUCCUGCGCCAAAUACAAAUGAUGAGGGCAUGAAUGUGGCCAGCGCUCCGCCAACACCAAUGAAGGUACCUACAAUAGCAACUGUAGAGGCGCUCAAUGCUUCCAUUGGCCGCGGCGAAUUGUCAACUGAACGUAAGGACAAAUCAGAAAAGAUGGAGGUGUCUGAAAAUAAUGCUGCCGCCGCCGCCGCCGUCGCCGUCGCUGCCGCCGCCGCUGCAGCCGCUGAUAUGGCAAAGGAGCAAGAGAUGAUGAAGAAGAUCGCCAAUAUGAAGCAGGAGUCAAUGCAGCAGCAAUUGCCACCGAACAGUUCCAACGCAAACAUGCAAGACACCGCUAUUUUCAUUAAAAAGGAGCCUUUGGAUGAUUCCAUGGAUGCCACAUGCAAUCAAAACAGCAAUGAGCCGCAAGAUCUGAAAGUUAAGAUAGAGAUCAAAAACGAAGAGAGCAAAAGUAGCACUGGCAUGCCGCCUACAUCAAUGGUUUCCUCUGCCAAUGACAUAUCUGGUGGUAACGAUGCGCCACCACCGCCAACACAUAUGCAUAUGCAUCUCCCACCAGGUGGUCCACAUCCACCACCCGGUUAUAUGUUGGAGGGACAGCUGAAGUAUGGCCCACCACCGCAGCCACAAUCGAUGUCUAGUAAUGACAACAACGCUCCGCCACCAACGGGCAUGCCGUUAGGUGUACCGCCACCAACGCACAAAUAUCCUGGUGAUAUGGAAUUGAAGUACAAUGAGUCUGCUGCCGCAGCUGCUGCGGCGGCUGCAGCGGCUGGCAUCAAAUAUGAGGGUGGCAAGUUUGGAAUGCAAGAUAUUAAGUAUCCCCCGCCGCCAUUGGAGCACGCCAUGAAGUACGGCACAGUACAAGAAAUGCAGGCAGCAGCAGCUGCGGCGGCGGCUGCAGCGGCCGCGGGCAAAUACGACAUGAAAUUCGCCAUGGAGCAACAACAGGGCAAAUAUCCUGGUGACCUCUCGUUACAUCAGCAACCACCAAAAGGUUUUCCUGGUGACCCAACAAAGAUGCCUGACAUGAAGGGAUCAAUGGUCUAUCCCAUCCCAAACGCGGAGAGCAAAUACGCACCCCCACAAAACCAACCGGGAGACGCUGGUGGUAUGAAGUAUGGUGGCGGCACUCCACAAGAUCAGCAGCCGCCUACACAUGGUGCACCACCCGGUGCUACACCGCCACCUGGCAUUGCAAUGCCGAAGGCCCAUUAUCAACAUGAAGUGCAGCACCCGAUGCCUCGUUCAGCUUUUGAGUCCAGCCUAAUGCUGAAGUAUGGCGAUCCGAUGGCAGCCAAGUAUGGUCCACCACAAGAUUUGAAGUAUCCCCCACCGCCGCAGGGCUCAAACGAUGUGGGACCGAUGAAACCCUCGCCAUACGCGGAAAAUCUCAUCAAAGGCUCUCCAUAUGGCGCACCCGGUGAACCCGGUGGCCUCAAAUAUCCGCCAUCGGAAAGUCCCAUCGACGCAUCCUCGCGGUCGACACCUGGACAGGAUAGCCAGGGCAGUAACAGUAGCUCACAACCUUCAUCACAGCAGCAACAAUUCCACUCACCGCACCCAUCUCCACACUUACCCUCCCCUGCAGGAGGCGGUUUACCACCAGGCAUGCAUCCACAAAAUCUGGUAUCUCCACAUGGACCGCUGUCGCAUGGUCAAUUGAACGCUGGUCUGCCACCCGGUGCUGCUGGGCCUCCACCCAGCUCCUUACAUCAUCCUCAUAUGACGCCGCCUCCCAACAAUUCUCAGCAAAUGCAAGGCCCACAUCCACAGUCGUCAGUUGCUUCAUCAAUGCCGCAGACUGCGGUCGGUGCACCUCCUCCAUUGUCAACGGUGGCUCCCUCAGGUCUACAUCCCCAACACCUCCCGCCCAGCCAUAUGCAGCAGUUACAUCGCCAGCAUCCAGAUAUGUCCGUUGGCAUGCAUCCGCACGCACCGAUUCCGCUCAAUUUGCAAGGUCAUGAUCCACGCGGUGGCCCACCGCCACCUACUCAUCAAUUGCCUCCGCAAUCGCAGCAGUCCAGCACAGUGCGUACGCCAUCGCCGGCGCAGCAACCGCAGCCGCGCAACUUGCAUGAGGAGCGAAUUGGCGUCAAUAGUGGUCCACCCUCUGGCCAGCCGCGUGACCCGCCCACUUCGCAAGCGUCGAUGCUGCCACAACAAUCGCCGCAUGCCCACCGUAGCUCCCCUCUCACCAGUAUGCCGGGAAAUCCACCACCCGGCCUUAUUGGUCAUCCCAUGCCCAUACAUCCGCAUUUGGCGCACUUGCCACCCGGUCAUCCAGCGCAUGCUGCCGUGGCUGGAGUUGGUCACCCUGGGCAUCCAAUGUUGACGCAUUCUAUGGCUGGCUUGGGUCCGGGUGCUGGUCCAAUCGCGCUUCUAGCCGGGCCACCCUCGUUGACGGGUAUGCCCGAGUCUGCGCUCAGUAGACGCACACCACCAUCGCAUAUUCCACCACCGCAUUCCUCGUCCGCGCCUCCACACUCGUCCGUUGCUGUCAGUAUGUCUUCAACCACGACAUCAGCCAGCAGCGCACUAAGCACGAACACUGUGCCAUCAUCUGCCUUUAGUCGCGCCAGCCCAAGCGUGCAAGGUCCCAAUUCAAACAUUGGAGGACCAUCAAAUGUCAGUGGUAGCGGCGGGCCCGGCAGCGGCGGUACACCUGGUGCUCAAGGAGCACAUCGUUCAGGAUCGCCCGCCUCGAGUGUGGGUAGUUUGAGCCGGCAGAGUCCGCUACAUCCAGUACCGCAAAGCCCACUCAGCCAUCAUCCAUCAUCGUCGGCACUUUCGGCGGCCGCAGCAGCUGUGGCAGAGCGUGAUCGUCAUGCGCUUCUACGACAACAGUCCCCACACAUGACACCUCCACCUGUGUCCAGCGCUUCCACACUGAUGGCCAGCCCAUUGAGCAAGGUGUACUGUCCACAGCCGAAUCAGCGUGUACUAGGCACUUCACCGCCGCCACAUUUGCGGCCCGGUGCCUCACCACCUGUCAUCCGACAUCCACAGAUGCCAUUGCCAUUGCCAUUGAUUCCGCCAGGCGCUGGUAUACAACAAAUAGGCAUGCAUCCCGGUCAGUCGCCAUAUCCGCAUCCGCUUUUGCAUCCAUCGAUGUUCUACUCCCCGCACCACCACAACCCAUUCAAUUACGGUUACGGUCCGUAUGGACCUGGCUUCCCGACAGCCUAUAUGAAGCCACCACCACCCGGUGGUCCACUUGAUCCGGCAUCAGUCUUGGGCGCGCAUCACCCCGGCUUGCCAGGGCCGCCACCGACACGUCCUGACGAUCCAGGGUUGGCAGCUGCAGCAGCGGCGGCGGCGGCCGAAAAACAAGCUGUGGUAGCACAUCAAAUCAAGCAGCAGCAACAACAGCAUCAGCAUCAACAACAACAGGCGGCAGCACAAGCGCAAGCGCAAGCACAAGCUCAGGCACAAGCCCAAGCCCAAGCCCAAGCCCAAGCGCAGGCGCAGGCGCAAGCGCAGGCACAAGCGCAAGCACAAGCACAAGCACAGGCACAAAAUAAGCCACCAACACCAAAGACGCCGCAGGGCAACAACAGCAGUGGCGGAGGCCCGCCGGGCAGUUCACAUUCGAACCCCACUGGGCUGCCGCCAGCUGGCUAUCCAGGAUCACAUUUGGCCGGUUAUCCGCCACCGCCGCACUCCUCGCCAUUCCAGGAUGGCCAACAAAUGGGACUUAAGCCAACAACGCACAUGGAUGCGCUGCGAGCACAUGCACAUUCAGCUAAUUUGGGUGGACCACAUCAUCCAACAGAGCCAUUACCAAUCGAUAUUGAGCCCGAUCCAGAGCCGGAAAUACCCAGCCCCACGCAAAAUAUACCGCGUGGUCCUAGCCCCGAGGCCAAACCAGACGAUACCGAAUGUCAUCGCUCGCAGUCAGCUAUAUUUGUGCGUCACAUCGAUCGCGGUGAUUAUAAUUCGUGUACGCGUACAGAUUUGAUUUUCAAACCAGUGACCGAUUCCAAAUUGGCGAGAAAGCGGGAAGAGCGUGACCGAAAACUGGCCGAAAAGGAACGUGAGCGACGUCAACAACAACAGCAACAGCAACAACAGCAGCAGCAACAAGCGGUAGCCGCACAACAGGCCGCGCAACAAGCCAAAUUGAAGGCCGAGCUGAAGCCCCCAUACGCGGACACGCCAGCGCUGCGUCAAUUAUCCGAGUAUGCAAGGCCGCAUGUAGCAUUCAGCCCUGUUGAACAGAUGGUACCAUAUCAUCACCCAAUGGGGCCAAUGUAUAGUAGAGAGAGAGAAUUGGAGGAAAUAAAGAACGCACAGGCUGCAGCUGCCAGUCAGUCACGUCUUGAUCCACAUUGGAUGGAAUAUUACAGACGUGGCAUGCAUCCAUCACAGUUUCCGUUGUACGCCAAUCCUGCUGCUAUAUCACAAAUGGAGCGUGAACGUUUGGGUAUACCGCCACCGCAUCAUGUCGGCUUAGACCCUAGCGAACAUAUGAUACGAUUGACGAGAGAAUAUCAUGCACACUCUCAUACUCAUUUACAUUUGCCUUUGCCUUCACAGCCGCAACCACCGGAGGCCGGAUUUCAACUGCCACCGAAUGUUGGCCAAUAUCCACGCCCAAGUAUGCUUAUGCCUAGAGAGCCGGAUGUUCUGCUGCGCAUGUCCUACGCCGAUCAGCUUCAGUAUUUACAGGCUGCUGAAUUCCAGCGACAGUCACUGCACGAACAGUACUUUAGACAAAGGCCCAGGUAAAUGGACCAGUAUGGUAGAACGUUUUAUAGUAUGCGUUAAGUUUUAAAAUAAAAAAAAUAAAAAAACUGAAGAAAAGGAAAACAUACAUAAAUAAAAAAGCGCCAGUUGUGUGGGUAGCGUGCUGCUUAUAUGUAAAUAAAGCGUGCAGCGUGCUACGUGCGCUCAAUCGUUCUACCAAGCAACAUCUUUAAACAACUACAACUACAACAACAACAGCAACAUCAACUACUACGACACGCAGCAAAGCAAGCAAAUUUAUGCGUGUCAAUCCAUUUCGGUACACUCCUAAUCUACACUACCAUUCGACUCCACUUUUUCACUUCACUCGCAUCGAACCUGCGCGUCACUUGGAGUAAAGUUAAGCCACAUUAUCUCUGAUGAAAUGUACCAUCAUUUGUUCGCGUCUUGAUUGCCAUUCAUUGUUUGUUUGUUUUCAAGAUUGAACAACGUCAAUGUGCGUGCGCUCAAUGUGAAGUACAUUUCAUUUGUGUAAUGCUUAAUUUUAGGCAAUUUAUGUAAUUGUCACAAUUGUUGACAAUUUCCCUUCAAAAAAAUCAACUGCGUUAGUCCUUACUUGGGAUGAAUAACACAAAAAUUUAUCAGAAAUAAAACAACAUUAUUGAGUAUGCAAUCAAAGAUUGGACAACUACAAAUCAAACUAAAAACUAAAGAGCAAUGACGUACUAUAACGGACACGGAAAACGGAACUAACUGGAAAUGCAUUCGGAGCAUAUAUAUAAAAAAUGCGAAUAUCUUGUUUUAGGAUCACAAAUGUACAUAGUAUACACUACACUCAAAUUUACAAGCACAACUCUAUUGACGCUUAUGAGUAUGUUAACUCGAAGAAAAACGGAACAACAAUAGGUCACAUAAAUUGAACAUGAAUUUUGCCUACCGUACAUACAAUUGUAGAUUUCAAAAAAAAAGCGUAGUUCAACGAGAAUAUAAAUUAGUGACAAAAACAUGAUUGCACAGUUAUGCGUAUGUGGUAUAUUUUGUAGGUUACUUAAUGUAAAUUUAUACAUACAAUUUUGUACAAUAGAUACAUAUAUUUUAUUUUUUUUUUUGUAAACGAGUUUUGUAAUAAAGCCUUUUGAAGAUAAAGUAGGCGACGUGCAAGCCGUUAAUUAGGCAAAUUAGGUUUUCAUUGAAAUAUUUUAUGUAUGUACAUAUGUACAUUGGCGAGUAAUCAUUUAGAAGAAAGAACCAGCUAUGCAUACAAAAACAACAGACAACUAAUUAGCUGAUUUCGUCAUUGAAUUUAUCUAGCAAGCGACGAGACCGUUGGCUUGGGUCUAGUAGCAGCUUUAUGCAUUUGUAUAAAAAAUACGCUUACGAUUGGAUUUUGGCAUUAACUACAUUUGAUUUACAUA